AAGGCGGGCAGGUGAGGCAGGCGGUGGGUGGGUGCCUCCCGCGGGCGCAGCCGGCCUCCUCGGCCUGGCCCUGGCUUCACCCGCCUGGCAGAGCGAGACGGAGCCGCCCCGAAGGGGAAGAAGGGAGGCGGCAAGGCAUGGCGUGCUUCAGCGGCGAAUACUUGGUUACUGAAGAUGGCUUACCUGAAGUUAGAAAGUGGCGACCAUCGAUGUAUAGGAAAUGCACAGAUCCCCUUUGGCUGAUGAUAUUCUUUCUCUUUUGGACAGGUUUAAUGUUCAUAACUGGUUAUGCAAUAACGGCUGGAUCUGCAGAAAGGCUUAUCUUUGGUUAUGACAGCUAUGGAAAUAUAUGUGGUCGUACAAAUACUCCUGUGGCAGGUGCAGCUUUGUCGGGGCAAGAUAUGAGAAACAAAAGAUAUGUAUUCUUUUUGAAUUCUUGUGGUAUGGGAAUAAAAAAUCUUAAAAUCAAUUCAGUUGCAUUGUGUGUAUCAAGUUGUCCGCAAGAGCAACUCAACUCCUUGGAAGAUAUUCAACAUUUUGCAGAGAAUAAUGGUUCUUGCCUUUGUGCUUAUAGCUUCAAUGUUGAUACCUGCACACAUAAUUCCAAAGCUGCUGAGCUUUGUGCUGCUUUACCAGUUCCACCAAGCACAUCUUUCCCAUUGUUUAAUCGAUGUGUUCCACAAAAUGCUGAAUGCUAUUCCCAGUUUUCCUCCGUAUUGAUAGAUAUGGUGAAUGAAAUGGAUAUUUUUCAUCGUGUUCUUGGUGGACUAAUGGCCGGAAGAGAUACUGUAAUAGGAUUAUGUAUCCUUGCGUUUGUCUUCUCGAUAGUAAUGAUGCUAAUCUUCAGAUUCAUCAGUGUACUUCUGGUCCGGAUAUUCCUUACAUUACUUGUAUUUGGAUUGUUAUUUGUUUCAGGAAUCAUGUGGUGGCUAUAUUAUAAUUAUGCCAAUGAACCCAGCAUAGAAUUGGAAACUGAAAAGGAAAAUAUGAAAUUAUUGUUUGGACUUUCUAUUGUGUCUACAAUUAUCACGGUCACCCUACUUUUUCUGAUGUUUAUAUUAAGAAAGAGGAUUCACGUGGCUAUACAACUAUUCCAAGUUGUCAAUAAAAUAAUUGGCAGUGCCUCUUCUCUGCUUUUCCAACCUUUUUGGACAUUCAUAAUACUUAUUUUGUUCUGGGUGUACUGGGUAACUGUGUUACUUAGCUUAGGAACUGCAGGGACUGCUGAAGUCAUUUCAGGAGGGCAAGUGGAAUACAGAAUUCGAUUUGGCAUUCGCUACAUGUGGUGGUAUCACUUAGUUGGACUUAUUUGGACAAGUGAAUUCAUUCUAGCAUGUCAGCAGAUAACAGUGGCAGGAACAGUGGUUACUUUCUUCUUCAGUCGAAAUAAGAGUAAAUUACCACGUCAUCCACUCCUGUCUUCCAUAUCAAACCUUUUUUGCUAUCACCUGGGAACCAUUGCGAAAGGGUCCCUUUUAAUCACAAUAGUGCGACUCCCAAGAAUCAUUCUCUUGACUAUUUAUAACAUCCUCAAAGAAAAGGAAAAUGCAUGUGCAAGGUGCAUGUUCAAAUGCUGUUUUUGCUGUUUCUGGUGCCUAGAAAGAGGCCUAAGAUACUUAAACCAGAAUGCAUACACAGCAACAGCCAUAAAUGGGACAAACUUCUGUACCUCAGCAAAAGAUGCUUUCCUCAUUUUAUCAAAAAAUCCAGCAGACACCACAGCAAUCAACUGCUUCAGCGACUUUAUAAUCUUUCUAGGAAAGGUGUUAGUGGUGUGUUUCACAGUUUUUGGAGGCUUGAUGGCAUUUAACUACCACCGUGAACUACAUGUUUGGGUAGUCCCAUUGCUGCUGCUAGCCUUUUUGGCUUAUCUCGUGGCCCACAGCUUCUUAUCUGUAUUUCAAACAAUAGUGGAUGUCCUAUUCCUUUGCUUUGCUGUUGAUAUAGAAACAAAUGAUGGGUCUCCAGAGAAACCCUAUUUUAUGGACCAAGAAUUAAUGAAUUUUGUUUACAAGAGCAGCAAACUUGAAAAGGAGAUCAAACAAAGAAAUAAAAAAACAUUACAUGACAAUGAGCAUGGCACAGAACUCCAGCCUAUGACCAGAAGUUGAGAUGAUUUUAACACCAUUGCACAGCAAGACACAAUAAAGUGAAGGUUAUGACUGCUUUGAAGAAAUUGCCUCAGCUGCUGUGUACUUUUUGCACUAGAAGACAAUUGGACCAAAUGUCUUCUCUUAAAAAAAUCUUUAGCACAUAUUUUUACUGAAAAUAGUUUUUAAGAUUGUUUUAUAAAAGUGGAUCAAUAAUAAAAUCUUCUGUCUUUUUGAUAUAA